ACACACACACACACACACACAUAACAUACACUUCACUUUCCAUCUCCCACAUUCCCCACACAACAGUCAACAUGCUCAGCGUCAAGACUCUCUUCACUGGCGUUUCAGUCGGCCUCACUGCCGUCGGCAUCGUCCACGCUGCUCCUGGCCUUCUCAGUGGCGACGAGAACCGCGCCCUUUCCAUGCUCAACACUGCUCGUUCCGAGGCAGGUGUCCCUGCCAUUCUUUGGGACAACAAGCUCGUGCAGGACGCCGACCUCUGGGUGACUGCGCUCGCCGCUCAGGGCUACAUUGGCCGUGCUCCUGCUCAUCAGCGUGAUGGCGCUGGCGAGGUCAUUGCCUACUUCAGCUCUGUGGCCAAGGACAGCGUCCAGGUCACCAACCCUCUUGCCUCGGCGGUCAAGCUUUGGCUCAGCUUCAAGGAUAUGAACAAUUUCCAGACCACCGUUGAGAACUACUACGAGACUUUCAGCACCACUGAGCAGCUUCUCUCCGAGAAGGCGACUCACAUCGGUUGCUCUACCCGCCUGGGCAGAAAGGAUGGCGCUCCGGACCCUCUCACCUCCUUCACCGUCUGCCGUGUCUUCAAGGACGUUGAGCCCCCUGCCGUCAUGGCUCGUCAAGAUCUCAGCCCCGGUUCCUUCCAGGGCGACAUCACCUUCUUCAACCCUGGUCUUGGCGCCUGUGGCUGGACUGACAACGACAACUCCAUGAUCGUUGCCAUCUCCCACAUCAAGAUGGGUUCCCAGUCCAAUGGAAACCCCCUCUGUGGUAAGAUUGUCCGCAUUCAGACCGAGGGCAAGUCUGUCGACGUCAAGGUGACUGACAAGUGCAUGGGUUGCGCUGAGAACGACAUUGACGUCAGCCCUGCCGUCUUCAAGGCCCUCCUGGGUGACCUUGGCCGCGGCCGCGUCAGCGGUGUGACCUGGACUCUUGUCUAGGUCUGCCUUUCUAUUCAACAACAUUUCUCACUGCCCAACAUGGAUUGGGAUUUCGGGAGGUACAUUGACAUUCAUCAAGAAGACUGCAUAUGUUGGGGGAGAUAAGGACAUGGCAUGGUUAUACCGUGAGGGGGCGGGCACCUUAGUCUAGAUAUCUCCACAAUGUAGCAAAGAAUCAUUUGC